AUGCCCGGAAUGCUUGGAGGGGCACACGAGCGCCAGCCCAGUUGGCAAAAGGGACACUACCCCUACGAGGACUUAAUAUCCGAAACAGUGGCGUACUGUUACAGAUCACUCGUGCGCAACUCUAGCUGCUGCCUUGACAGCAACUAUUCACCUGGCGUUCGGAAGCAAGUUGUGCGGCGUGUGGGUGUGGGCUGGUGGUGUGGCAAGAAAUGCUACGACGACAAGAAAGGCUAUCGUGGAGAUGACUUGCUUUGGAUCCCUGAGGGUGCAACUUGUGAAUCUCCACGGCUGCUGUGGAUCCAUGGAGGCAGCUGGUUGUACGGAAGCCCGGACACUUUGUCGUAUGGCCAGCUGGCCUCCAAGCUGUCGGGCCUGUCUGGGGCCAUUGUGAUGGUCCCAGACUUUCCCCUUGCACCGGUGGGGAGCUAUUCCACUAUCCUGAAUGCUUGCCUCGAUGCUUUGCGUUGGCUGGCGGAGACCUCCCUGGACCUUCACUGCCCACCUGGAGUGGCGCCACUGCUGGUGGGGGGCGACUCCGCGGGGGGUGGAACUGCGGUGACCCUGACCCUCAAGCUAAAGCAGAGCGGAGGCUGGAGCCCGAACGGCAUCAAGCAGUCCCGGCCAGAAGAGCUGCCAGGCGGCCAGAUCCUUGCAGGGGCCAUAUUCUUCAGUCCGUGGACAAACUUGAAGUGUGACACACCAGACUACUACUACAAUGCUUUCGCAAAGAUCGUGGACAAGAAGGCUUUCAAAGAUCCAGACUCUGGCGUGGCUUAUGUGGGCGAUCUGAUGUUCCGUGGUCAUCCCGAGGAAAACCUGGACGAGUUCACUGCAAACGCAAAGAGUUAUGUAGGCGAGGACCAGAGCUUGCUCACUGAUCCACUGGCCUCCCCUUUCUUUGCAACAGUUGAGGAGCUGGGAGGUGGAGGCAUUCCACCUUUGUUUUUUACAGUGGGUGGCUCAGAGUCCAUUCUCGGAGACAGCAUGAUCCUGGCUCAGAAGGCGGCCUUCUAUGGAACCAGCGUUCACCUGGAUGUCAAUGUUGGCAUGUGGCACGACUUCCCGAUGUACUCCGAAGGUUGUGGCGGCGAGCAGCCGUUGUGGCAGGCUGCGAGCGCACUCAAUCGAACAGCGGCAUUCAUCAAGUACGUAGCUGCUGAGAAGCUGACUGCGCAACGACUUGGCUUGAUCUGGCCGCCUGCAAAGUCAACACCCGGCACACCCCACACCAGGUAUAUCUAUGACACCACAAGGCCUGGAGCCAGCAGGUGGUUUCCGAAAGAGGUUGUGGACGAAACCACUGCGCCGCUAGCGUUCGCAGCCGUAGAUGGAUUCCGCGAGAUGGGGCCCUCCUUAUUAUCCUUGUUUCCUGUUUGCAAAGCUCGCGUUGCGAAAAGCCCGGUUCCACUCUCGCUCGCUCCCAUUGGCCAGGUUCAUGACGGAUCUUCUUGUGGAUCACAGUCGCUUCACCAACGGAAAAUUCGAUGGUGGAUUCGACCAAGCUGGAUUUUUAGCCAAGUGCUCUGA